UAGAUGCCUGCAGGGGAGAGGACAACUCCAGCUGAACUGAUGCAUCUCGGCACCUGAUACUGAGCUCAGCUUCUGACAUGAAGAAAGAUAUAGAGUCUUUAAUAGCCCAGGAAAAAGCAGAGAUUGUUGCCAAGUAUGAGAAGGGCAGGCAGGACGGAGCUCAGAUUGACCAGUGGGAAGAUGCUGAUUUCACGCUGUAUAAAGUUACAGACCGGUUUGGAUUCCUGCACGAGCAGGAGCUGCCGACCCGCACAGCCUUGGAGGAAAAGCAAAAACAGCAGGAAAUCGAACGUGUGGACAAGUGGCUAAAGAUGCUGAAGAAAUGGGGCAAAUACAGAAACAGUGACAAGAUGUGUCGGCGAGUGUACAAAGGGAUCCCGCUUCAGGUGCGAGGCCAGGUCUGGUCGCUUCUGCUGGACGUUGAGAAGAUGAAGAAGGAGAAUGAAGGAAAAUAUGAGCAAAUGAAAGAACAAGCAAAGAGCUUUUCAUCGGAAAUCAAGCAGAUAGAUCUGGAUGUUAACCGCACCUUCCGAAACCACAUCAUGUUUCGGGAUCGCUACGGAGUGAAGCAACAGGCACUCUUCCAUGUCCUGUCAGCAUACUCUGUUUAUAACACC